CCUCCUCCGACUCCGCCUCCUCCUCUGACUCCGCCUCCUCCUCCGACUCCGCCUCCUCCUCCUCCUCCUCCUCCGGAGGAGGAGGAAGAGAAGGAGGAAGAGGAGGGC